AUGGAUCUUACAGUAAAAGCAGAGAAUGCUAAAGGUAAUCGUAAUAUGGUCGUAAAACUUCAAACAAGAAAUAUAUUUUAUAAUUUUCGUAAUAAACAUAAACCUACAUCCUCGGAAGUGCUUACAAAUUAUAUCAAGCAAUGCGAAGAACCACCCUGGACUUCGUAUUUCGUUAAAUAUUCUAGCAUAACUGACGAUCAGUGGGGCAAAUCUCAUUUCAACUGGAAAGUAGGAAAAUCAAAUUACCACAUACUCAGAACUGGCUGUUUCCCGUAUAUUAAGUACCAUUGCACGAAAAGAGAUCCUCAAGAUCUUAAAUUUGAUGAUAUAUUCUUCAAGGCAAUAAAGGUAUUAAAUUUAGGUAUCCCCUGCCUCGCGUAUGGUGUUUCAGCAAUAUUUUUAAUUCGUCAUACGGAAACGGUUAGAAUGAAAAAGGGAAAUGUGGACAUUUACUUUUUGUAUCCCGAAGAUAAAGGAUCGCUUCACUAGAACCGACUAAUAGAAUAAAUAAAAAAUAAGAUAGUAAUAAAUGCAUUGUAUACACUUUUUAAAAAUAAAAUGUAGCCCA